AUGAAGAUUGAACCGGGAGGUCUGCUUAUGAAGAUGGCGGCAGCUAAGAAGACGAUAGAGUCAUCUCCCCGGGCAAAGGGCUCUUCUGCAACGUCAGCGACUGAUCCCAAGGUGGACAAGUCCAGCCUUAGAGGGGAUGCAAUUGUGUCUGAUUUGCUCAAGAUGAACUUUCUGUCAAGUCCGUCUGCUUGCUUCAAUCUGGUUGAUCAUAUCCAUGAGGCUGGUGAUCUUGAGACAGUCUCAAGUUUUUCCUUGGAAAACUCAAGGGAAGCAACAUUUCAUAUGUUUAAAAAAAGAGUAGUUCUUGCUGUUGAACCUAUCUGA